AUGGAACCCACCGGCAACUCCCCCGACUCCAGUGACCGCAAGACCGGCAAGAAGAUCGUCGCCUCCUCUGCUACUGUGAAACCAAAUGGGAAGUCCAUCGCUUCCUCCGCGAUUGCGAAGACUGAUGUUUCAUCUCCUGUUCCGGUGAAACCAAACGUUGCUACCGAUCUCUCCUCCGUGCAUACAGACCAAGUCAUGUUAUUCCGAGAUGUCUCAUUCGGCCCACGCGAAGCGGAGUUGAGGUUUCGUCUGAUUCACUUCUGGGAGGCUCGAAAUCCACUCACGAAAACACUCAUCGGACAAGAGAUGCUUCUUAUCGAUGAAGAGGGGACUGCUAUUCAAGGUUUUGUUCCAGCCGGACGGGUCGGGACCUUUGAUCUGACAGAUGGGGUCGUGUAUAAGCUGAACAACUUCUUCGGGUCCAGAAGCAAAGUUCAAUAUCGAGUUGCUGAUCAUAUCGCCACCGUCUCAUUCACCUGGAAUUCUGAUUUAGCGGUUCUUGAUAACCCUCCGGUCCCAUUUCCAGAGGAUAGGUUCAGGUUUCACGGCUAUGAGGAGUUUAGGGCCAACUGCGACUCUAAGGGUGACCUUUAUGAUUUCUUUGAUUUUAUAACAGAUUAUGUUGGCCAUAUGAAGCUGGUGAAUGAGCAGACUAUCUCUGACCAUAAUGUUCUUGACGAGGUUGACAUCUCAGAGAAGCGGCAUAUAUGUGUUCAUGUUCAGACACAUGAUGGACCAGUGAUGAAGCUCUACAUAUGGGACAAGGCUGCAUCCGACUUCUGCCAGAAAUUCAAAUCUUAUGGCGGCACCCCAAUCGUUCUGUUAGUCACCACUGUGAACCCCAAACACCUUGGAGGAACACUCGCUCUCACUACAAUGUCAUCAUCUCGAGUGUUCAUGGAUGCUGAUGUCCAGCCUAGCAAAGAUUAUCUUGAAUGGUUGAGCUCUAACUCAGACAUUGCUAAUAGGGUUGCUGCUGAGGUUGCUUGGUUUGAAUGCACAGCAACUAUCGAUGAUGUUGUCCAGGGUUCUGCCUGGUAUUACAUUUCUUGCGGAGGAUGUAAUAGUAAGGCAGUAAAAGGGCCUACCUCUCUGAUUUGUAACAGCAAGAAGUGUGGGAAAAGGGAAGUUACCGGCGUUGCUCAGUACCUCACAAAGAUCUCUGUUUAUGAUGAGAGUGAGCAAGCAGUUUUUGUUGAACUUGGUGAUGCUGGCAAAGAGUUGACCGGGAAGCAUGCGUCAGAAUUAGUUGCCAGUUACUUUGAGUCCAAUGCUGGUGUGGAUGCUGACCAUUGCGUGCCGGUGCCGCAAGCUCUACUUGAUGCAAUAGGGCAGAAGCGCAGAUUCAUUGUGAAGGUUUCCGACCAUAACUUGACAGGCAAGACUCAAACCCUGACUGUCACCAAGAUACUCCCGCCAGAAGCUCCACAGCCCAUAGAACACUUGGAAGAAAAGGCUAAUCCUUCAAGAGGCUUCGAAGAUGCUGCGGGUGAUAUGGUUAGGAAAGCAUCUGAGCGUCUUGAGUCCGGAGAAGCCAAGCGCCCCAAGAGUGGCUAA